AGUAAAACAAUUUUUACAUUUUCGGUUUUUAGGGGCAAGGUGUGUAAUCUGUAUUAAAAAGCAAUAACAAGUUUCACUUAUUAACUAAAACAAUACGAGAAUUUUCUUCCACUGACACUUUUUUAGGAUGAAAAUGGUCGUAUAAUAACAUCUUAAAUAUUUGUAACUGGAUGUCUAGAAAUUAACUUAAACUUAAAAACUUGUUACCUAUUUUUAGUCUAUACUAUGAUUAGUAAUAGUAGUAUUACUAUGAGUAAGAAGGUUUAGCCCGAAAGUAAACAUUAACCUUAACUAAGUCUCAAGUACGCCCCUUAAAUAGGUUUGUUGUGAAUUUUAACGUUAUCUCAUAAUUAUAAUUUAUAGUUUGAUUGGAACGUAUUUUUUUUUAAUAAUUGGGUAACGUUUUAAAUAUGGCACUACUCAUACACGCCAAUGAUGGAUGGCUGUUGUCACAUGAAAUAUUUCUGGAAUCAAUGUAUCGUAAUUUACAUUAUUGUGUUCAAGCAAGUGUUCCUGACACAGUCCCAGAAUCCAAUCAUUCAGAAAUAAGGCCUAUUUCUUGUAAUCUUGUUCCAGUGACAACUUGCUACUUGAACUUGAAGUCUAAUGUUCAAUUUAAGAUCACAUGUGAUGGAACUUGUGACGCUUGUAAUAAUGUCACCGUUGACAAUAAAAAUCAUGAAAAAAUACUAAAUGCAAAGCCAAAGAAAGAUAUGUUUGGAAUAAGAACACCUUUUUUAAUGGAUUCUGCUGCAAGAAAAAUUGCUAAAUUAAAAAGGCAUUCUAGCGAAACACAGGAAAGAGAAGAAAGUAAAUCGAAAAAGGUUUCAUUAAAGUUUUUCAAACCAAAAGAGGAAUACAUCUUUAAGACAACAGCAAAGAUUAUACAACUGGGAUUUGAAAUUAACCAGUUUCAUCCAGAGCCCAUAACAUCAGAGGAGUGGCUACAGAACAAUAGCUGUGCUCGUAACUUUGUUAAAAGAUUAAAUUCGUAUGAAGUGAUUGCCAAAGAUAUGUGUAUGCCCAGUACUUCUUCAGAAACUAAAGCAGAACUAGGAGCUAUGCAGUGUGGUCUAGAAAACAGACUUGUGGAGUAUACUGGAAGUUCUCCAUGCAUUGUUACACAUGACAGGAAGAGUUUCCUUUUGCCUCCUCACAGUUCAUUUUUAUGGUCUGACAUCAUAGCACUUGAUGUCUUCAUAAAUGCAGGUAAAAAAUUUGAUGCUAUUUUAAUGGAUCCACCAUGGGAGAACAAGUCAGUGAAGAGAAAAAAAGGGUAUGCUGUUGUGGCUAAUGAAAAAUUGUGUCAUCUUCCUAUCCCUCAACUUGCCAAACCAGGAACCUUAGUGUUGGUGUGGUCUACUAAUAAUGACAAUCAGAUCAGUUUCAUCAAAAACCAACUUUUCCCUUACUGGUCUGUAUAUCAUUGUGCAGAUUGGUAUUGGGUAAAGGUAACACAGAAGGGGGAACCAGUUUAUCCUUUUGGCAAUCCACACAAAAAACCAUUUGAAAACCUUAUAAUUGGUAGGUUUCUUGUGGACAGUCAUGACAUGGGAUCAUUCCAGCCUGUAGAAGAAGACAAAGUACUUGUCAGUGUUCCUAGUGCUGUUCAUUCUCAUAAACCUCCUCUGUCUGAAGUUCUGAAACCUUAUCUCCCAGAAGGAGCCAAAGGCCUAGAAUUAUUUGCCAGAUACUUAUUACCGCAUUGGACCAGUUGUGGUAAUGAGGUUUUGAAGCUGCAAAAUCUAGACUGCUUUGAACAAGUAUUUACAACUGUACAAAGAGUGUGACAGUUGCACUUGUAGCACAGUAUAACGUAUGUUAGAAUUCCUACAUAACUUGUGCUGAACAAAAACAGUACAUAAAUUGUUUUUCUAAUAAAAUCUUUUAUUUCAAUCUAGACUUGUCAAAAGUAAUUGAUAAUUUCAGGGUUGUAUUCAUAUAUGUAUAUAUGAACAUUUAUCAACUUUUUUUAGUGAAGUGUACUGUUUUUUUAAUA